CGACACCGUCAACAUCCAUCUCCUCGCCAUCAACAUCCACCUCGUCGCCUUUGCCAGCUCGGAGACUCUGCAUCCGAUCUAAAAGCACGGGAAAUCAUGUUCUUCUGUGCCAUCUCUGGCUCUCCACCUCAGGUGCCCGUCGUCUCCAAGACAUCGGGCACGGUGUACGAGAAGGCUCUGAUCGAGCGGUAUAUCGAGGAGAAUGGAACCGACCCCAUCACGGGCGAGGCUCUGACCAAGGACGACUUGAUUGACGUCAAGGCCAAGCCCUCGACCCUCCCUCCCCGCGCGUCGAACCAGACCUCGAUCCCCGCGCUGUUGACAGCCCUCCAGUCCGAGUACGACGCGAUCAUGCUCGAGUCGCUCGAGAUCAAGAAGGCGUUCCAGGCAUCCAAGCAGGAGCUGGCCAACGCGCUCUACCGAGAAGACGCGGCGACUCGUGUCAUUGCGAGGUUGCUCAAGGAGCGUGACGAGUCGAGGGACGCAUUGGCAUCUGUACAGGCUUCGAUUGGCAUCGCCCCCGCGCCUGCUGAGGAGGCUGCCGAGGACGUCGAGAUGCAGCAGGAGGGUGCGCUCCCUGCUGAUGUUGAGGAGAAGAUCAUGGCCACGAACCAGGCCCUCUCUUCGGUUCGCAAAAAGCGCAAGCCUGCGCCGGGCUACGCGACCGCCGACCAGGUCAAGACGUACGUCCAGUCGUCCCACGUCCCAUCAAUGCACGGCACCAAGCCGCCUGGCAUCAAUGCGCUCGACCUUGCCUCGGAUGGCAAGACGAUUGUCACUGGUGGCCUGGACAAGAUUGUCCAGGUCUUUGACCUCGAGAGCCAAAAGGUGCUCGGCGCGCUCAAGGGCCACACCAAGGCCGUGACGCACGUCGCGUUCCGCGAGCAAGAGGGCGAGUCGAGGCUGGUCGUGUCCACAGCACAGGACAAGACGGUGCGCUUCUGGGGAGAGAACGAGGCUGGCGCCUGGUCUGCCAAGGGCAGCAUCUCGGCCCACAAGGGCGACGUUACUGGCCUCGCCGUCCACCCCUCUGGUCUCUACGCCGCGACCGCGUCUACCGACAGCACGUGGUCCCUGCACGACAUUGCCACUGCCAAGACGAUUACGACGUACAGCCCUCCUGCGGGCAUCGAGGGCUCGUUUGCGUACACCUCGUUCGACGUCCACCCCGACGGCGUGCUUCACGCCGGUGGUACCAAGGACGGCCUCGUCCGCGUCUGGGACGCGCGCUCGUCGACGUCAUUGGCAGCCACCCUCGAGUCACAUCCCGGCAAGGAGCUGUCGACGCUCAGCUUUAGCGAGAACGGCUACUACCUCGCGACUGGCUCGGCGUCCGACUCGACCGUCAACGUGUUUGACCUGCGCAAGCUCAAGCUCUUCUCUAGCUGGCAGCUGCCGUCCGAGAACACGGUGCACGAGGUGCGCUUCGACCCCUCUGCCCAGUUCCUCACCGUCGCCGGCACCGACCUCCGGGUGUACGCCAACAAGACUUGGGCCGAGCUGCUCAAGUUUGACGACAACAACGGUGUGCUGACCGCUGCGCGCUUCGGCAAGCUUGGCAGCGAGAUUGUGGCUUCUGGCCUUGACCGCACCGUGCGUGUUCUCGGUGCGGCCGCGGCGUGAGUGUAGAGUGAUUGUAGAAAGAUGCAUGCGUGCGACCUG